GGAGCACAGCACUGUGGAUGUUGGAGCCAUGGAGUCAUGGAGUUGUUGUUGGGUCCUGGAGGGCUCAGCAGAGACGUUGAUUUCAUGCUUUAAAAACUCAAAUUACAGGCCUAUACACUUUUGAAACGAUAUGUAACCCCAUUAAGUACAAUUCAAGAAUAAUUUAACUCAUUACUUCAGUAUGGUGAUGUGGCUGGUGAAUGAGCAUUCCAACAACCAAUGGAAUAGGUAGCACAUGAACAGUAGUGAUGAAAAAGGUAGUACAUAGAAGAACAAACCUUUACAUUAAAUGUAAGUAUACUGACGGACACACAACAGGGAGCAUGUUCUUUAAAACAAGCUGAGACACAAAGUACCAACACUAACACUUUCUCCAUUUAGGGAAUGCACAGGGUCAACCCUCACAUGUGACCUCAUCCAUUGACUUCCUCUGACUCACAAAGGGUAACAAGUCAACAAAAUGCCCCUUCCAUUUCAGCUUAAUCUCACAGCAACAACAGCUGCAUUGGUCCCAAAACUAGACUACCCAGUCAUACACCUUAAUGAUAACAACAUGGUAAACAGAGCUUGAACAACAAGAAUUAACCCAGCCCCGCCAUAGUCAUAUCAGUCUGCAGACAUCCUCCAUAGAUACCAAUCCCCACCUCAGGGACUGUCUUGCUAAUUUGGCAUUUGUGAUGCAAUGGCCUAUAUCAGAGAGCUUGUUUCCCUGGGUGACAGAGACAAAAUGAUGUGCUAAAAUUAUAGGUAAAAGUUAGCCAAUGGUGAUGGCAAUCAGGUAAGUACACACACCUCUUUGUGUUGUCUCCAUGUAGACACAAAUGAUAGAUGCCUCAUCUUAAUUGACAAUAAGGCCCUCUGUCAUCAUUUUGAAGGUGCCUAACAGUAAAGAGAGGGUCCAUGAAGGAGCCUAUCAGCCUUUACUGCUUGGUUACAAAAAUAACCAAUGACAGUGUCCAUUUCAUCCUGCUGGCCUGCCUUGCCCUGCCACUCGACACCCACUGGUUAUUCCAAUGUGAGCUAGCUAGCUGUGUCCUGUGUUCCUGCUCAGUUUGGCCACACCGACCUGUGCGUCUAUUUUGGUAUCUUCUGAGCUCGCUAUCAGGAGCCUGACCACACCAGUGCAUUUGAACAUGGAUCUGAGGGCUUGACUCACUUUGCAGGUGAUUCUGCACCGUAUUCUUGGAUUCUACAUUGAGGAUUUGUGUUUGAUACCACAGUCUAGAUUGGAUCGUCAGCAUGAAAGACCCAUCACCAAGGAAGUUCACGUAUUCCAUCACCUCUCUGAUGUCAACCUGAGCUGGGAGAAAACCAAAGGAUCUACAGGGCUGUAGGGGAGGCGAGACAGGUGAUGCACGAGACAGAAAGACAGUUGUUGACAUCAUGAGCUGUGUGGAAAAGCGACACAUGAGCCAUCGGGUGGGGAGCAUGCUCCACCAUCGCUUCCCUAAUGGCUUCACUGACUUGUUCAUGGACGAGACUGAUCGUGAGGUCAGCACUCUCACUGAUCGAGCCUUCCGAAGUCUUUGCAUCGGAGAUGACGCAGUUUACAAUGAUGAGUUCUUGUAUGGAUACUCACCUUUCAGCUGCCACAAACCGUUGGCGGGGGAACCCCUUAAAAAGACUCAUCAUAAGGAAUCUAAAAAGCAAGGGCAAAAUAAAAAUGACAAAAAAGUGGUGCCCAGCCAUGGACAGCAGAAGAACAUAUCCCACAUGUCAUCUUUCCUCAAGGCAUUGAGUGCCACAGAGGAAAGCUGUGAGGGGAUGUUAAUUAAAAAUGGAGGUAUGACAGACUCUAAUGGGGAAUCAUGGGAUAAGUCGGCACUUCGCAGCAUCCAAAGGGAGCUAUCGGAAUUCUCCUCGGAUUAUCACACCAAUCUCACAGACAGACAUCACAAGAACCAUCAUCGACAUCACUCCAGUGAUGGUUCAUCGAACAAAACAGGCAAAGAUGCCCUUCUCUCAGGGAAAUCAUCAAAGAUCAAAAAUGGGAAAUCCACUGUCAAACUACGGAAGCUUAAUAUCAAAAACUUUUUCCUCCACAGUGAGUUCAGCCCUUUCCAAACAUGGAGAGAUUUUAACCAGUUCCCUUUUGGCCAAGAGGACACAGUCACCUCUAUUCUCCCUACAGAUAAUAUCCCUAAAUGGUACGACUUGCCGUUUUACAAGGAGCUGACAGAGGCACACAGAAAAGAGACUCUGCAUACAGAGGAGACACAGUCACACCAGAAAGCAGCAGUUGAACUCCCUCCUCCCACUGCUCCUAAACCCAUCCCUCCCCCUUCACCACCGAAGGUCCUGCCAAAGCCCUCAGCUACUAUUGCUGAGAAGAAGUCAUCAGACAGAGGUGAUGGGAGUGCUGCCCCCUGGAGGCGCAACAGGUCCAGGGCAAACAGUACUGUUUCAGUCAGUCAGCUAGGGGUACCACCUCAGGACAACUGUUCAUCAACAGUGAAUGAAAGUCCUUUGUUGCUCAAAAAGGAAGCGAGAUCUGUGGAAGUGAAAGCAGUUGAGGAAGUCAGCUCUGUGGCCUCUACUCCGUUCAGCAUCUGCCAGCUGAUGACUCCCCUCAUUCCCUCCAGACAACCGACAGAAACAUCAGAAAUCCUGCAAGCUGUCUUCUCCCCCUCUGCGCUUGACCUUCCACUAAGACCACACUCUGAGGCCAAACUUACCCCUGAACCUCCAGUUAAGCGAGAUAGCUACAAAUCACUUGCCUCUAGCAUCCUCUUCAACCUCAAAGACAACAGGAAAAGGGUAAAAAGCCGUUAUAGCCCACCUAAAUUCAAAACAUUAGAAGUACCUGAGAGUGGCUCCCAAUCUCCGCAAUCAGAUCAUCUGAAACAUCCACAAGCUGGAUCUGAUGGCAAUGCUUCUGGCUUAAGCACUCCUGCCAUUUUUAAAGAUGGACAGAUAGUUUGCAGUCCCCUUUUGGAAUCCCCAACUGUUGGUCUUACUAAGCAUGAUAUUGAUCAGCCUCUCUCAGAUGAUUAUUUGCUAUCAAAUCUUCUGCAAACUAAAAGGGAGGCUGCCGGUAAUGGUGAGGAAAAUCCCAUCUCCUCUAUUAUACACUCAAAAAAGAACAAAAGUCCCAUCGCUAAAAAGCAAAACUAUCCUUCCCUGAAUUUGUACAAGAAAGCCAGCCCUGUCAACAGUGAUAUGAAAUAUCUCCAAGUCCCCUUGAGUACCAGUGCCCCUGAGUACAUAGACCAACCAGCUGAGACAAAUGAACUUUCACCACUCACACUAAACAAAGAACUUUCUCCAAAAGCACUGCCAACAAACACAGGGCUUUCGCCAAAUACUUUAAAUGUCAACAAAGAUCGUUCACCGAUAAUUUCACCCCAUGCACUUGAGAAAGAGGGGUUGUCAUCAAAUGUAUCAGUAGGGAAAAGACCACUAAAUGUACCAGACAAGGCAAAGUGGCCUGCAAAAGACAUAAAAGAAAAAGACUCUGGCACACAGCCUUUUAGUUCUAAGGAAAGGGAUACUACUGGCCAGACCACGAGGACAAUGGAUGUCAUCAGAGCAGCAAAGGAAGCAAUUAAUGCAACAAAAAGUAAAGUUCUAUUUGUAGCUCAGUCAGAGAGCAUCAACAAACCAAUUUCAGACAUAGAAGAACUGAGGGGAAAAGAAAUAGAUGAGAUGUUUGCCUAUUCAAAAGAAAUGAUUAGCAGCAGGCGGGAAAGUUCAGUAGCAGAAAACAACGAUGUUUUAUCUCAAAGUGGAAGCGAAGCAUCUGGUUCAACACUGGUUGGAAAGAAAGAGCCCCCGCCAGUCCCAAAAAGAAAUUUUGCUAAAUCUGAUAUUCAAUUGGCUCUUGACAAACAGCAAACACAUAACACUGACAAACUCACUAAUGGUGAUUUGGGGGAAGCGAAAUUAGAUUCACCAGAAAAAGACAGUGAAUCUGUCCAGAAACGAGGGCGGCUCAAACAUCUAUUCUCAGCCAGACAGAACAAUUAUAUAAAAUGUCAGAGAUACACGGUGAUGGAUGAUGAACAAGGAGGCAAGUAUGAGGAAGGUGAUCUGAAAGUGAACACAAGAACAGAGAAGGAUGAGGAGACGAUGUCACUCAGAGAAAUUAGAGAUAGUGAGUGUAUAAUUAAUGAUUUGCAUGCUUUGAAAGAGCUGGAGAGAGCACGGCUUGGCGACCGUGUUCACGAGAAUGCAAAGAACAAAUUAGGAGUUGUUAAUAUAGAUGAGGAGGCGAGGGCUAAGAACGAUUUGAUCUCAAGGGAGCUUAGGAAUAUUAAAAAGGGCAUGCUGUCUAUGAGAGGGAACACAUCAGCUAAGAGAGAAAUAUUUACGAAGAAAGAGAAGGAGCAGAGUAAGCCCGAGGUUUUCAGAAAGAUAGACGGCAAUGUCAUUGUCAACAAAGCAGUUAUAAAUGACAAUUAUGACAAAGCCAAAUUGGCACUUGAAGAGAUCAUCACAGAAAGGCAGAUAAGAAGAAAUAAAAUGACAGAACAGGAUGCGAAUCCAAUAUUAGAGGAGAAUGCUGGUGAUGAUAUUUAUGUAACAAGGGUACAGCAACGUAAACAAUCUAUGAAAGAUUCUUUGACAGAGUCCAAGGAAAAAGAAAAACACCUAAAAGAGAGGUUAGGUGAUCUGAGAGAUCACAAUCACAUGAGACAGAUCCUAUCAAAAACUGAACCUAGACUCGGUGAAUCUCACAGAUCAGGUGGCAGAAUAACUUUCCCAGGCAUGGACAAAGUUGGCAACGAGCCUGACGCACUCCUAAAUAACAAAGCUAAAUAUGUGACUGAUAAAGUAACUGAUAAUCCCAUCUAUGUUGCUGAUGAUUCAGAGGAUCUGUUAAAUGAAAAUGAAGACAAAAACCUAGAUACUCCUCCUGUUCCUCCUAGAAGCAAAAAAGGAGGGAAUAGAACAGAUGGAGGUGUUACUAGGGAGACAGAUAGUUUGAAAGAUAUAGCUGUAGAAAAUAUCUUAAACAAAGAUGGGAUAGGCCUACCUGAAAAUGGUGAGGCACACUCAGCAAAAGAGAUGAGAAGCACGGGCUCAGGAAAACAAGACGUAGAUAGUGACCUUUUCACGAAAGAAGCUUUGCCAAGCCAAAGUGAAUCCAGUUCUAAUGAAGAGAUGUGUGACGCUGUAAAUAAUGCAAAUUUGAAAUCCACUACCGGAACUGAUGCAGUUAUAUGUGACAACAUUGCUCCUUCAGAGUACCAACAAUCUGAAAAUAUAUUGUGUUUAUCACCAGAGUUCAGAGAAAAAGAAUAUAAAGCAAAUAACUUGCAAACUGACAUGAGCCCCACUAGGGAAAGCACAUUUGCAAACAACAAUGCUAAGGCACAGGAAACAGGCAAAUUAAAGCGGAAGGCCCCUUUAAAACCAGACAAUUUAACCAUGCCAGAUGAGCAUGUAACUAAGAAUUUAGUGGCAGAAGAAGAAUCUGACAUAAUACAUACCGCUAGUGAGGAAGUAAAUGUGGAUGCAGAAACUCUCAGUGAAAUCCCCAGGGGUAUAAUAUCACCCUUACUCCUGGUAAAUGGUGUUAGCGUUACUCAGAGCCCACCAGAUCAAGCCAGCUUGUCCUCAAAAUCAUCCUACUUCUCUGUGGAGAGUGCACUGCACAGAAAUACUGAGACUGAGUCAAAUGUUGACCAAUCUCUUGAGAACUCAACUGGAGAGGUGGAGGAAGUUGAUGAGUUAGGAGAAAAUGUUUCAACUCGAAACUCAAAACAGGACUCAGAAAGGACAGAAGUGGAAUAUUACUCUUUAAGUGAUCAUGAAAGUGAGCCAGAGCUUGUAAAGCGACCAAUAAAAUCUCAAAAAGAGACAGAAGGUCUGUACAAGGAGGGCAAAGAAAGAGAAAAUACUAUUGUGGGUCAAAGCUUAAGUCAUGAUGAAAAUAAUCAGACACCAAUGUCACCCUCUAACAUUUUCUCACCAACUUUGGGGGUCCCAGCCUUAUUCAAAGUCAAGAACAACACUUUCAGUAAUAAGUUGAAAAAGACUGUACAACCCUGGUCACCAAGAGGGAGUUUGAGUGGUUCAGAGAAGGGAGAGGAGGAGUUACAUCAAGUAAAGGAAAAUCCAGAGAUCCCAUUGGCUAAUGAAACUGUUACCAGUGGCAGCACCUCAAUGGCAGAUGAAAUCUUCAAACCUAAAGAGAUUUUAUCAAAACACUCAGCACCCCUGCCUCUCUCUUCUUCAAAUCUGCAAAGUGACAACCCAAAGAAACCCCAGGCUGGAGGGUUCCUUGCUGUCCCACAGGAGGAAGACAGAUUUUCUGGGGUGACUCCAUCAUCUGAAGGCGUGGAGAGCUUAACAGCCAGCACAGCUGACACAGCUGAUGACAAGGGAGUGAAUGCUGAUAAACCAGCAGAGCGGGAAGUAUUAAAGGUUCCCAGUGAACGCUCUGGGUCCACCUGCAGUGGUAAUGAAAGCCAAAUGGGCCUGCCCAAACCUCCAACUGUCUUACCCAAAUCUGAAAAGGCUGUUCUCAAAGCCUUGAAGCUGACCAAUAGAAGGAUAAAGAAGGAGGAGGCCCAGAAGUCGCCCCACAAGUCAUCUCAAAGCAGUAGCAAACACAAAUCGGAUAGACACAAAUCCGAGCUCAAAAGCAGUAGUAGUAGCAGAAAUGGCAAGAGCAGCGAGAAAAAACACAGAGAAAAAAUGGAAGAUGGUCAUCAUCACAAUGAAAGUCACCAUGGAAAAAGCAGCAAUGACAGGAGUGAGCCACUACUCUGUGAAAGAAGAGGCCAUGACAGUGAAAACCAGCAUCACAGCAGAACAGAAAUGAGCCGCAAGACUCGAAGGCAGAGCCUUGAUUCAGUGAAAAACAAUAACCAGAACACUGAAGCACUUCCCAGAGUUGCAGCAGAACGGCAAGGCCGCAGGACUGACCGACACAUUCGAGAUAAGCCAGAGCAAAGACAUUAUAGCAGUGAUAGGGUCAUUAGUAACGUACCUGUGUACAAAGCUCAUGUUGGCGAUAGACCCAUAUCAGACAGGCCAUUCCAACGGUCGCAAAGCAUUGAUAGGUACUUAGGAGAUAAAGUGGAGCGCAGGCUCAGCGCCGAUAUGUCAAACAAUGAAAAGCUUGAUUCAAGAAGCCAGCGCAUCGAGAAAUCCAUCAUGGAUGAGCUCCAGCAGAGAGGCAGAGCCAGAGACAAGGUGAGCAGAGACAACCCACUGAGAAGGAGUCACAGUAUUGACACGUACAGCUCAGAUGUGUCUCACCCUUCAGUCCUGUCCCGCCAGUCAAGCCACACCAGCCACACCAGCCAGCUUUCUCGCCAGUCCAGCAUCGAACACACCAUUGUUACGCAGUCCUUCCCUAUGACUCAACGAAAGCUCCUCCAGGAUCCAGACUCAGGGCAAUUCUUUUUUGUGGACAUGCCCGUACAGGUCAAGACAAAAACCUUCUUUGAUCCUGAAACAGGAAACUAUGUGCAGUUGCCAGUCCAGCCACCUGAGGGUGCUGUUCUCAAGGCAUCCCCCAUGGAAGUUUUGAAACCGCCACUGGUUGUUUACCACAGCUUUGUCCCAGUGCCUCUGUCCCCCAUGGCUAAGAAAGCCUCCAUCAAAGCCCCUCAUAUGGAGGCAGAAGAGUCUGAGUUGAGACACCUAGAAAGGUCGAAGCAAAUGAACUGUCAGGACGGAAAUCCGUAUUUAGAGCCUGUCUACGGUCAACAUGACCACAUGUUAGGGGAGUUCCUUGGCACUGAAGAGCUGGACUGUCCGAGUUGAUAGGUUUGAAAGGAAAAAUCCACCCUCCUCUCAUGCUGUUUUGUAUCAUUGAUUUGUGAUGUUCUUUGCAUUCCAGGAAUUAUUUUGUGAACUUCUUGUUUCUGUGUACCAACCUUCAACCUGUCUUGUCUACUAGUGAUUUCCUACAUUGUUUUGAAGGAUUUCUAGUGAGCAACAGCAUUUCACUGAUGGAUUUCUCUCUAGUUUAUUAUUACACUGGUACAAAAUGGCAACUCUUGAAAGAAACCCUUGAUGCUGUUGAACACUGUUGUAUCUAUAUGUUUGGCCGGCUGUAUACAGAAUAGGAAAAAUACUCCAUAAGCAACAAAAUGGACCCAGAAAUGCAAGGUACAUCGCCAACAGCUGUUUAAUUUUCAACAGUGUGUUUCAGAGUGGAUUUUUCCUUCAAGAUUAAGUAUUUUCUCAAUGCAACUUGUUGAUUCUUGUUUUCCUUUACUUGCCUUAAAGUUUCGUGAGACACAGAAGUUGUGUGGGCUUUAUGAGGGUGAGGUCUCUAUCAGAUUUAUGAAGAGUGUAAACUUGAGUGUAAACUGACAAGAAAUAAUGAAUUUGUUUAUGAAUGAUUGUUGUUGUUGAAUGCAGUUGUUUGAAUAGAGUUGAAAGAUUUGUGUAAGAUAAUGUGCAAUUUUCAAGAAAGAUAAGAGACAUGGAUGAUCCAUGUACAUAAUGUAUUUAAGUGUAAACAGAGAGGGUAACCUGAAUGUAAAUGUGGAAUAUUUAUUGUAAAUGCUGAGAGUUUGUUAUGUUCAACUACUGUGGUGUUGGGGUCUCCACUAUUUUUCAGGUAUUGUGUCUCUUUGUUUUAUUAUGUGCAAAGUUUGUUGACUUGAUAUUUCUGUUUUUCCACAAGACAGUUUGCAGUCACAUCAGUUAUCAUUAGAUACUUGAAACAAGUAGAAUUCAUUAAAAAAUUAUUAUCUUUCAUUUGUGUUAUUGAUUUCAACUGAUCAUGUCCCCAACUAAAUUGUCAAAACAUUUUGCAUGCUAAAGUUGAAAUUGCAGUUACACUUGUUGAAUAUGUUUGAUACACCACAUAUUUCAUUUAUACUUUUUAAAAGAUUGAACUAGGAUUAUUGCAAUUUUAAUAAGCAGAGGACAUGAAGGAGAAUUGGUUUUCCAAGUUUGUUGCAUUGGCAUUUUUCUAACUAGAGUAAAGCAAGGCUGUAUUGUGGCUGUGAUCCAUUCCAAUAAAAAAAACAACUGUUGUUACAGAU